AUGGACUCGCGCCGCCCUGUCGACGGUCCUGCCUAUGGCACCCCAUACGAGAAGCCCACCGGCCUUCUUACGCGCUUCGUGCCCGACAAGCUUAGGCACACGGCUCUCUACCGGCUCUUUCUCCGUCUUACGCGCGUGCUUCAAUUCAUCUCUUCUGUGAUCUCUCUCGCGCUCUUUUCGAAGCGCGUCUACAAAAUCUACCGUCUCGUCAACUCCCUCAAGACCCGCCGUGGUGUCUCAGGGUCGUUUGGCGCAGUCGAAGGCAUUCUCGCCGCAGCUGUCCUGUACACUCUCCUCGUCACGCUACUCAGCUGCAUCAAGAAGAACAGUAGCCCGGGGUCCAAGAUGUUGCGUUGGUUGUUGGUCCUUCUCGAUCUUCUCUUCGUAGGUGGCUUCAUCGCCGUCUCCGUCAUCACACGACCAAACGGCGGAAAGGCUGGCCCCAGGCACUGCUACAACGGUACCAGUCUGACCAACACAAACACUGUUACCGGCCAGAGGGCGAAUGUUAGAGAUGACACCUGCGACCUGCCUUGGGGUACAUUCAUUCUAGCCAUCCUCAGCACCGUCCUCCACGCGAUCACUGCCGCCUUCCACGAGGUUAAGGACCACCACCGAAAGAACAAGCUGUCUGCGGAAGAGAAGGCCAUGCACCAUGGACACGAGGGCGUUGUCCCCCCAACGGCAGAGGGCGGACGUUACUAGGCUAAUAUGUGGGAUCGAAGCGUGUCACCAAUGAUGGUGAAUGCGUCGU